AAAAGAAAGAAAGAAAGAAGCGAGAUCACUAUAAACUACAAUCCCAGCAUGCUCAGCGGCGUAGAGAGGAAAAUGAAAUCGGCCAUGUCGUGUUAGGCUCACGCAACGGGCGAAUGUGGUUUAGAGAGUAGCUUACCUAUUUGUUAUGUAGCAUUUAAACAAAUUUUUAACAAUAGUCGAACAUCUUUCUCUUUUUCGACGGUAAAAAUAUUCUGUGGAAGUCGUCGCGUCAGUAAAUUUAGCCCCUAAACAUGAGCGGAGGAGGGACGCCGUAUAUCGGCAGCAAGAUUAGCCUCAUCUCCAAGGCCGAGAUCCGCUAUGAAGGAAUUUUGUACACUAUUGACACCGAAAACUCGACUGUAGCUCUUGCUAAAGUUCGCUCUUUUGGCACUGAAGACCGACCCACAGACAGACCUAUUCCCCCUCGAGAAGAAGUGUUUGAGUACAUCAUCUUCAGAGGAAGUGAUAUAAAAGACCUGACAGUUUGUGAGCCACCCAAAGCCCCUAGCAGUCUUCCUCAGGACCCUGCCAUAGUUCAGUCUUCGAUUGGAUCUUCAAAUGCUGCAGCUGCACCACCACCAUUCCAGUCUCCAGGGUCCUACGCACCAUUCAACAGACCUCCUGUUCCAGCCUACAGUCAGUUUAGUGUUGGACCCAUUGGACCACAGCAGUUUGGACCUCCUGGCGGACACACUAGUCCUCAGCUGGACUCUUUGACCAAAAGUCCCCCUGUUGAGCGGACAGCCCCAUCGUCGGCUGCUCCGGGUCCACCUGCACCAGUAGGACAGAGGAGUCAGACUGGAGUGACAGUCCCUAAACCCACCAGCACUUCCACUGGAAGCCAGAAACCCCCCGACCUUCUUGAGCAGAAAAAAGCUCCUGAGGUGAAGAAGGUGCUACAGUCAAAUAAUGAACAUGUUGAAAACCGGGAUCCCAACAGGCGCCAUCUUGCCGGUCUUCAGCCCAUCCGCCGCGGCCGUGGAAGAGGAAACCGCAGCAGAGGCAUAAUAAACAUGCGUAAAGACGGCACCGUGAAGUUUGAAGAGGACUUUGACUUUGAAACUGCCAAUGCUCAGUUUCACAAGGAUGAGAUCGACAAAGAGCUCCAAAACAAGCUUAAACUGAAAGAUGAGAAACCUGAAAAGGCCCUGAACGGAGAGGAAACUGCGGACUCUGAACAUCCAGCCACCGAGGGGACGGCUGAGGAGGAGGAGGCCGUGAUCAACUCAUGUUACUACGACAAGACCAAGUCCUUCUUUGAUAACCUGUCCAGUGACGGCGCAAGUAAAAUGGGCGACGGCAGAUUUCCAAAGGAUCGCAGACCAACCUGGGCCGAGGAGAGACGGAUGAACGCGGAGACCUUCGGCAUCCCUCUCAGGCACCCUCGAGGAAGAGGUUUCUACCGCGGCCGAGGGUUCAUGGGACCCCGCGGAGGCCGAGGGCGACCAUCCAGCAGAGGUUCUUUUGGGCCUCCCCGCGGGGCCCCGCCUGGUUUCAGGGGUGGAUAUCGAGGCGGCAGAGGAGGCCGGGAUUUCUCUGAUUUUGAAUUCAGGAAGGACAAGGUGGCUGCGUAGUCCCGCAGUGAUGGCUCCUCACAGAUUUGUAGCCACUCAUCAUGAAAUUAUUUCAGUUGUAGAAAUCUUCUGUGGUCUCAACAUUUGACAAGAACGAAGACAUCGUUUUCAACACCAGCACCUCAGUGGACCGCUUGACAUCGGAGGGGGGCGGUGACGGUCCCGCUCCCUCUGCUCCACUUUGAGACUUUUGUUCCCCUCCCCAGAAGUUUUGUUAAAUUGCCAGCAGAUGUGAGGACAAUGUGCACAUGCAAAGCUUUGGAGUAAUUCUGUACUUUUGCAUCAGUCGGAUUAAUUUCUUACUAAACUUGUCUUUGGUACUGAGCCUCCUGUACUGCGAGUGGAUCAAGAGCUUUAUUCUUCUUUUCUGUUUUCUGCUGUUUUAGUUGGCACCAUUACCCGUUGCAGCAUGUUUGUGUUUCUGCCCAGUCUGAUUAUAUUUUUUCAUUUCUUCAACAUUCAUUUAUUUUUGGUGAACAGUUAAGAUUGAAGCCAGCAUGAAUGUAUAUCAAGCUCAUGAUAUAUCCAUUUACUGAUCAGUAAAGCUUUUUACAGAGCUGUAGGUUCUGGGUUUAAGAUUGUUGCAUCAACCUUUAAGCAGAAACUCACCUUGUAAUGUGGGAAGUUUUAGUUUUGCAGCUGGCAGCCAAGAUUUUUGUUUGAUGCGUUUUAAUUUCAAAAUUUCAGCUUUACAAAAAUGUUUCGACUGCAGGGUUGUUUUUUUACUUUUAAUUAUCUGCAAUAAAAUGACCUCUUAACAAAAUUGAACCCAAACGAGGAACGUUUGACUAAAAAUGCUCUGCUCUUGCCAAAAAGAUUUGUUAAAAGUUAAAUUUGUUAAUUUGUACGCUUGUUAUUUCAUCACAUAGCUGUUGUUCAUUUUUGUUCUUCCCUGUGAGUUGUUUUUGUGUUUCAGUGAUACAUUUUUCCUCUCCAUGUUCGUACAGUCGGCAUUUACCACUGCAAAAUGAAGCACUUGCAGUUUUUGUAAGAGUUCACUCAAGACGGGAUUUUUUGUUUUUUAUAAAUGGACUGAAAUGUCUUCAAGCAUGUUGGCUGCAUUUCUGAUGACGUGUAGCCCUUUGGCUUGUUUGUAGCUCCACUUGUUGCAUAGUCAAUGUGAAUGUUCUCAGGAGUGAAUUUAUUUUUUUACUGACGGGAGCAAAAGGACAAGAACUGGAUGUUGUGCCAGUAUUUUCAAGUGGGUUUCUCUAAUCGGAUCCAUAUUUCGUGUUUUAAGGGAGUGCCUUGAUGGUGAUAUUCUCCCCGCACAGCUCACUCUUUAACUUAAAUGUUACAUUAUGACAGAAGUUGGACUAGCACUACAUGAUGAAGCUACAACUUUUUUCUUUCUUUUGUAUCCGUCACAGUGAAAUACAAUGUUUUAAUUAGAUAAACAGCUGUUGAUUGCUAUACGGUCCUUCACUUUAAACUGGCUCCUGCUGUAACCAAAAUUAUUAAAUUAGAGACAAAACUAUUAUAAACUGACAUUUGUUCAUAUGUUUGUUACGUUUUUCAGUAGCUGGAUUUGUUUUUUUUGAAUAUCAGCAAAAAUUGCGUUUUUACAAAAACAAUAAA